AUGGAGAAGGCGGGGAUUGAACACUUCGAUGAUAUCGAGCAAAAUUCAGACCACCAUGUCAACCUCAACAGCAAUGCUGAGGCCAAGAUCAAAAACCCCCUCGCUGGGAUUCCGCAUGACGUUCUCAUGGCUCAGGUCGACGACUUUGCCAGGGAACAUAACAUGGCCGACGCCACGGACCUUUUGAGGAAGGGAGCCCUUGUUGCCCAGGAUCCCACCGCUUUCGAGAAGAUCAAGGGCUUGACCCCCGACGAGGCAGAAGCCCUGCGCAUGGAAGUAACACACAAAUGGCACCAACCUCGUGCCCUUUACUUUACCGUCAUUCUCUGCUCCGUCGGCGCCGCCGUCCAAGGCUGGGAUCAGACUGGCUCCAACGGCGCGAACCUGUCCUUCCCCGUUGCUUUCGGCAUCAGCGACGCCCAGUACCUCGAUGACGCCAAGACGAUCCCGAACCCGGACUAUGCUACGAACCUAUGGCUUGUAGGGGUAAUCAACGCAGCCCCCUACAUUGCAUCUGCGUUCCUUGGCUGCUGGUUGUCGGAUCCACUCAACAAUUACCUUGGUCGUCGCGGUACCAUCUUCUUUGCUGCCGUCUUCUGCUUGUUGCCUGUCAUUGGUUCGGCUGUCAGCCAGACAUGGUGGGAGCUAUUGAUCACUCGCCUACUCCUUGGAAUCGGUAUGGGUGCUAAGGCGUCCACGGUCCCUAUUUUCGCUGCCGAGAACUGCCCAGCCGCUAUUCGAGGCGGAUUGGUCAUGUCAUGGCAGAUGUGGACGGCAUUUGGUAUAUUCCUAGGAUUCUGUGCCAACCUUGCCGUUUACAACGUGGGCAAAAUCGCAUGGCGGUUACAGCUCGGUAGCGCUUUCAUCCCCGCGGUCCCUCUCCUCGUCGGCAUCUUCUUCUGUCCUGAGUCUCCGCGCUGGCUGAUGAAGAAGGGCCGCUACGCCGAGGCAUACAAGAGCAUGUGCAAGCUGCGCAACACACCACUGCAGGCGGCGCGCGACGUGUACUACGUGCACAGCCAGCUGAUAAUCGAGGCCGACAUCAUCGGGACCAGCAACUUCGUAACACGCUUCUUCGAACUCUUCACCAUCCCACGCGUACGGCGCGCAACACUUGCAUCAUUCAUUGUAAUGCUUGCUCAACAAAUGUGUGGAAUAAAUAUAAUUGCGUUUUAUUCCUCGAGUAUUUUUGUUGCCGCUGGCAGCGGUGCCUUGGAGGCGCUGUUGGCGUCCUUCGGCUUCGGACUGGUCAACUUCGUUUUCGCUUUCCCAGCACUUUGGACUAUAGACACUUUCGGACGGCGGAAUCUGCUGCUAUUCACGUUCCCGCAGAUGGCAUGGACACUGCUGGCAGCCGGUCUAUGCUUCCUCAUCCCAUCCGAAAGUCGCGCGCACCUGGGAUUGAUCGCGUUCUUCGUCUUCCUCUUCGCGGCCUUCUACAGCCCGGGCGAGGGCCCCGUCCCCUUCACCUAUUCAGCAGAGGUGUUCCCGCUGUCACACCGUGAGGUCGGUAUGUCCUGGGCAGUGGCGACGUGCCUGUUCUGGGCCGCUGUGCUCUCGAUCACGUUCCCGCGGAUGCUGGCGGCGAUGACGCCGACUGGCGCGUUCGGCUUCUAUGCGGCCUUGAACGUGACGGCCCUUGUGUUGAUCUUCCUCUUCGUGCCUGAGACGAAGCAGCGCACGCUUGAGGAGUUGGACUAUGUUUUCGCUGUCCCGACGAUGAAGCAUGCGCGCUACCAGGUCACGAAGGCGUUGCCGUAUGGCUUUAGAAAGUGGGUGUUGAGACACAAGGGUGAGAGAUUGGAGCCGCUGUACCAGUUUGAUGGGCAUACGGCCAUCGAGACAAAGUAA